AUGUUAACAUUGCUUUAUUUGUACACCAGGCUCGAUAAAGGAACUGUCGGCGGAUGUAUCAACCUUGACCAGUCGUCCAAGCUUGAGUAUCUGAGCCUCGGAGGAGAAUUGCUCGUCGAAUUUGAUAAUGAGCCAAUUCUAAUAUCAGCACGCUCAGUUAAUCUAUAUGAAAAGUUCACGGCACAACAAUGGCGCAAGAUUCUCAACGCGGCCCCGAAUUUGACGAAACUGCGAAUUGCAGUUCGACGUGAACUGAUUGAGGACGAAGAUCGUUCUGUCAUCUCGCAUAACCUCAAAUACCUCGAAUUGUGUGGUCUCACUUCGCAUAUAGUGAUUAAUAAUCUGACCCUUCCUGCCUUGAGAUGGCUUAUCUACCGAGAUGACAAUCCCCGAAAUGGAGGUGAAAUAUUCUCGACCAUUAUUCAACGUUCCUUAUCACUGUUAAACCACCUGGAAAUUGGUGGAAGCUGCGCGAACGAGGCUACAGUUACUCUCAUUCUUCCUCUUCUCCCUCAGCUUGAGGUUCUCCACCUGCGGGGCUGUGCUAUUUCAGCACGGCUUUUUGAGGUCCUUUCCAUACCAAGCAGUACGGGUUCACGUCUACAGCCUCUAGAUACAAGCAAUCAGAUUCUGUGUUCCAAUCUGAGAAUCUUUAGCCUCUGCGACUACUCUUUGCUAGGGGAUGUAGGUGGAUGUGCUGAUGCGUUGUGCACGAUGCUAGAAUCGCGCUGGGAGGCUUUGAAACUGUUAGUUGGCAUGCAUGGAAUUCGCUACCCAAUUCUAUUCAGUCGAUCACGGACGAGUGUAGCGUCACAUGCAAAACGGGUACGAAUUUUGUGCUGA